GUCGCUUUCAAAGACUCGGGCCAAUGGGGGGACUGUUUGAAUGUCGGCGACGGUUGCUGCUGCCUCCAGCGGCGCGGCGAUUGAUUCAAGAUUCAUCGUCGUGGAGUCCACCGUUGUAAACAUGUCACUGAGGAAGUCUAUCGGCAAUCCCGAGUUUCUGAAGAAAAUAGUUGUACCAAAUCCGAAAUACAGAUAUGUCCGAGCACGGAUUGAUACCGGAUAUAGCCUUUCAAAGUACAUGGAAAAAAUUGAAGAGUUAAGAAAAAAUUAUAGAUAUAAAAGAGAUGAAUUAUUCAAAAGAUUGAAAGUUACAACAUUUGCCCAAUUGGUGCUACAGGUGGCUUGCGUGAAUGAACAGGAUAAUGGGAUGUUUGAAGAACUGCACCGGGAGGAAGUGUUGUUCCCUUCAGAUUUGAAUUCUGUGGUCUCUGCAGCUGAGCCUGGGCUGAAUACAAUAAAGUCCUCUAAUGAACAAAGUACAGUGGAGAUUCUACAGAAAUGUCCAGCUGAUAUAAUAAGUAAUGAUGGGUCUGGUGAAAAACCAUUUACGGCUCGUUCCACCCUCCAAAGUGUUAUAAGUGGCGUUGGGGAAAUAGACCUGGAGAGAAAACAAAAAGAGAAUCGCUCUAAGCCCUCCGAAUGUCCUGAAAAAACAGAUAGACCUUAUCCUGACUGCCCUUUCCUACUAUUGGAUGUACGAGAUCGUGAUGCUUAUGAUCAUUGUCAUAUUAUUGGAGCCUACAAUUUUCCUAUAGCGACGUUAUCUAGGACUAUGAAUCCUCACUCAAAGGAGAUUCUGGAAUAUAAAAAUGCACCUGGAAAAAUCAUUCUUCUUUAUGAUGAAGACGAGCGAAUAGCUAGCCUGGCUGCUACAACGUUGUGUGAGAGAGGUUUUGAGAAUCUCUUCAUGCUGUCAGGAGGUCUGAAAGUAGUUGCACAAAUGUUCCCAGAAGGACUAACCACUGGUUCAAUUCCACCAUCGUGCCAACCUCCAGUUAUCCCAAUGCCUCGUCAGAGGCGAUCAACUGCUCAAGAACCACCAUACCCUGCAGAAGAUAAGUUCCGCUUCACUGAAGCUAAUUUAAACAAGAUCCGGCAUUACCUGGAUGAGAUUCUAAUACCAUCCAAUGUGUCCAGCAACUUCAGCCGCCUUUCAUCUUCAAGAACACAGCUGAAGACAUCUAGCAGCUAUGCCUCUUCUGUUGCUGGUUCCAUUAGUGCUCGAUCGCGGGCAAGCAGUAUACAAAAUAAGCCAUGGAAAUAAGAUGCAGAAUAUAAUUUAUUCAAUUGUUUUAAAUCUGAUUCUUGUUUUGACUGUUUUUACUAUCAGCUGCCAUCGUGCUAUGUCUCUAAAGAACAUACAUGAUUGCCAUUCGGUUGCAAAAAUUAAACUGGCGCAAUAUCAAUUAGUGAACACUUGAUAACAAUAGCACAUAUGUUGUAGAAAGUAAAAACAUUAUGAUAUUCAAUAUCAUAAGAUUUAAACUAUGUAUUUAAUUUAUAACAUUCAACUCCACAAAAAGCAGAAGAAAAACAUUAAAGCAGAAGUAGGGAAUUACUGUUCAGCACCAUGGAAAAGGAACAUAGUAAUCAUGUGUUACAAAGCACCAAGGCCUUAAAAACACACAAAUUCUCAAUAUUGCUACAUUUUGGCAAAAGCAAUGCAUUUCGCAUGUAAUUCAUACCAUUGAGAAUGAUUGUAUUUUUUGCCCUAUGGCUUCAGAGGACUACAGAAAAAUGGAUAUGUGUGCUGCUUUGAAUCAUUGGCUCUAAGAGCUUGCCAUUCCUCCUACACCCCACCCCCCACUGCCUAAGCAAUUAGAAUACAGUUUCCCACUGUACUUCUGGUAAAAUAUUUUCAAUAAAGGGAGGAUUUUGUUCUGUGUGCUAUGUGGGGGAGGGGGGGAGGAAUCUUUGGGAACCUCAUCCAUCAAUUAUAUGUCUCCGAGUUAUCCAUGACCCUGUACUGAUUUUUUUGUAAGUUUCUUGUCUAGAUUCCUGUCAAUCUGGCAACCGAUUUACAUGUACACAGAGUACAAAUAGGCUAGUUUAUUUUAACUGUCCCCAAAGGAGUUCUUGAAAUCCAUUUAAAAUAGUUGGCUAUUCUAAACAUAAGGACACAUUUUGUACAACUUUAAUUUUUACAAACAAUCGUGGAGGAACAUCUGGAUAAAAUUCUAUUGUAAUUGUGUAACUACGUGAUUCUUUGCUAUAUUGCUCUGUGGUUGUUUCAAUGGGAGAAUGUUGAGACAAGUCUGUGAUCAAUUAUCAUUUAUCUUCCUUGUUUAUGCACCGGUUGCAUUAUUUUUUUAAAUGGAAGAUGUAAUUUUGAAGAACAGAAGACUGGUAUUAGCAGCACAUACAUUGGCGACAUAAUAAAUAAAUGCUGAUGUCAGUGUGCUCCUUCCUGUACACAGCUUCACAUUCUUCUGAUGUUUAUACUCGAAUAUAUGAUUAACACUGAAGUUGCCUGCACUUUCUGUCUCUGUUCUACAUGAGCCUGGGACUGGAAAGGCUAGCUGAAAUUAUGAAGACAGAUUUUCACCCUGCAUGCUUGUCUUCAGCAAACCAAUCGUUUUAGUAAUGGCUAAAAAUGUUGAAAGGCAAAUGAGCACAAGAGUUGUAAAUGUGUACACUACUUUUGGAUGUAAAGGUUAUAAAUCAGGCUGUGUUUUGUCCAGCUGGGAAUGGUCUUGCAUAACCUCAGUGAUGACUUUGGUGACUCAUUGGCAUGACAAAAUGCUAUUGAUGUUUUCUAUCUUUUGUGGAUGUUUGCAAAGUUAUCCUUACCAGCAAUUACACUCAGAAGAAAGUCAGAAAUACAAGUCCUCAAUGAUUUAUAAAACUAGCACAUGGUAUUAAAAUCAGAUGAGAAUUUAGAAGCAAGAAACUAUUUUGAAAUGUUUAUAGAGCCCAAUGGUGUCAACACUGUCAAGCUUUCUAAAGUGAGAUAUUAUUCUGGUGGUGGAAGGAGUGAAUGCUGGCAUUGGUGAGUAAUGUGUCAUACAAAUGGGCUGCUUUGCCUGGAACAGUGAGUUUCUUUAGUCUUGUUACAACUGCACUCAUCCAGAAAAGAAGGAAAGUAACUAAUGCAUUUCUUACUUGUGCCUUGCCAUUUACAUCCAGUAGGUGGACACUGCCUUCAUUGAGAGUGUGGGUGUACAUUAUAUCUCUUCCCUUUUUAGUUAAUUGUGCACUACAGAAUUGGAUGUGACAGCACGAUGGACUUUCAAUCUGAAUUUUAUCAGCGACCUUCAUUACGCUAUGUCAAGAGGUUUUUCCACCAUAAUCAGAAUGUGGAGCAGAUCGGAGAGUCAUAAAAGCUGCACAAUUUAUUUUCAGAAGGACAUGGUAUCCCUCAUAUUUUACUCUUGUUUCUUGGAUCGGUGAAAGCUAGUUGGAUGAUUGUGACUUGUGGACACAUCAAGUGCUGUCGGUUUAGGUUUGAAAGUGAAAAAUCUAUAUUUUUAAAUAAAAUGUUUUAAAUUAUGAAA